UUGGUAAAUGUAACACGGUAUACCGAAAAAAUCCGGUAUAUCGGAAAUUUCGGUAUAUCGGUAUGGCUGAAUAUCCUGUAUCGACAUACCGAUAUUGAUUUAAUACCGAUAUUUUCGGUAUAUCGGUAUACCGAACAGUCCUAUUUCGCGCAUGAUUGAUUAUAGAAAUAUCUUCUUCCGGGAUUGUUAUUAAAGAUCUAGCCCAAACGAUGGCGCGGUCAAGGAGGUCUUCUGUGACGGAAGGAUAAAAUUCAACUAUGUCAAACGAUAAAAAUGCAUGGUUGGGUUUUCCUUCGAUGUUCUGGAACGAGUCAAUAACAGACUUGGAGAUUUCCAUUGGUUAACAUUUAUAGCUGAUCGGAUGUUAUCGUUGAUAUUAUCAAGGAUGACUUUGCUGACUUUUCCAAGUUCACAUUUUGAUGGAUUAAUCAGGCGGCAUUUUACAUUGAAAGGGAAGUUUUCUUUAUGAUCUUUUAUUGUAAUGAAGGCGUCACGUUUAGCCAUAACAUCAACACGGUUUCCGAUGGAGAGAUUGUUAGUAAUGUCCUGGAGCUCCUCGUUAAUAUCAUCUGUUAUGUUGCUAUUAUCAAUUUUAUAAGUUCUUGUUAUGUUCUUUGUCAGUAGUUUUUUAUAAGAUUCUGGAUUAAUCUCAUGAACAUUAGUUGUCUUGUCAGCGAAUACAAAAACGUUUUUGGAAGAAUUAACAUUUUUAAUGUCUUCAUUAACUUGUUUAAGGAAAGGAUCAUUCACAUUUCGGAACGAAACGAAAAAAAGUAAGUGUUGCAACACUUAAUCGUCGCCACGAACUUGUCUCCACGUGUAGACAUAUAUAUGCUAAAAAAAUUUUUACUUAAAAACUUUAUGACUUGAUACUAAUAUUUCGUGACACUACUUAAGGUGUUAAUUGAUUUGUAAUUAGAUAAGCAUCCUUUAGCAUCUGUACAUAUUUGAAAAGUUUGUUAGAAGCUAGAGGUCAAACAUAGGCUAUUUUAUCUGAAGAAUGCCACGUUAUUUACGUGGUACGAAACUGCAUAGUAAUAAAUAUACGAAAUAUCUAUAUAUAUAUAUAUAUAUAUAUAUGUGUGUGUGUGUGCUUAAUGUCAAGAUAUGUCAUGUGAAAAACUAGACUGCAUGAACAGCUUGUGCCAACUUCUAUAUGCAAUAUUUAUUGAAUUAUACUGUAUACCUCGUGUUGCCUGGUAAUAUAGGUGUUUUUGUAAUGAAUUUUAUCUGCUAAUUUCUUUUCAAUACAAUAUGUCUGUAUGCAUGGCAAUGAACUAAGACAACAUAAUUAACAUGUACGUCAUUGAUGGUCCGCAAAGUUAUUAUCUAUAUAAACGAUAUUUCCCAUGUAAUCAUUUUGGAAAUAUUGGACGGCAUUUCUUUAACUAUACUCAUGAUAAAGUACUUCAUCAUAGAACAACAACCUAUCAAUCAUGAAUACACGAAACACUGUCUGAUGACAGUUUUCCACACUCCCUCCUUAUCUUUCAUCGGAUUUGGACGACUUGCAUGAAAACUAAAGUGCGAAAAACCUUGAGCCCCCCCCCAACUCAACAAAAGCCAUUGUGGCCAUGUUGGUGUUCCAGACAAUAGAGUCUAACUGAAUUAUUUUGAAUUGGAGCACCAACAUGGCGACUGUGACGUCAUGUACAAACGCUCCCUUCUCUAUUUUUCUCGUUAUGUGCAUGGAAAGGAAAAUGCAAUGGCGGGUGUGUGGCGCCGCCAAGGGCAGGGGGGGGGGGCUGAGGAAUGAGUGUAGACGCUCUAUCACUAUAGCUAUUAUAAUAUUAACAAAUGUGAAAAUCGCAUUAUGAUUACAUGCACUACUAUUGCGUGUAAUUGUUUUGGAACUACAGUACUAUUGUGCAAAACCUUUGGUUUGCCAUGAUAUUAAAUAUUAAAUUUAGUAGGUUGUGUAUGUUUCCCUAAAACAUAGUUACCUUUCGCGUAAUCACUGUGUUUUUGCACUUGUCACUAACAUGAUUCGUAUUUGAGGUCGUGGAUGACAACUGCAUGUGGAUUGGAGCUAUUAUUCAUACGCAAUCGGCAUGCAAUUGUCAAAUAUAAUAUAAAAGUGCGAUGACACGAAUGUUGUACUGUGAGAACAAACAUGUUCAAUUGUCUUACACAUAUAAUUAUUAUUCCAGAAAAGGCAAAUAUUGGGACUAUAUGUAACUGAGCCAUCCUUGCAUGGAAAGGAUAUAACCGCGUAAAAUAUAUUCUUCAGUAUAUGAAUACUUAAUAAUAAUUAUUAUAGGUUUUUGAAAACGUUUAAACACCUUGUUCAAAGAAAUAGUAUUUGGAUGGGGAAAUCCUCGACAAACUAAAUUAUGAGCCAGCUGGAGAGUUGAUUUUUCUAUAGAAGGCCCAUAUAAUCUUAUAGUUACAAUUAUACGCAGUGUAUGCAUGUUUAUCUUCAUCCAAGCCAUUGCGCUCAAGGUACACAUAUACAGGACAACACCGCAAGGCGAAGCGUUUCAUUUUGGCGAGGGAAAAUUGGAGUAUAGAUCGAGAACACGAGAAACAGUGGAGAGUACACCAGCAUCCAAAAUAUACCUAUAUAUGCAGCACGUUUACUUAUAUAACUACAGCAAAUUAAUGCCCUAUCUUCAGCUUAACUCAGGAAUAAAAGUUUUUCGUGUUGCGAGAGAAACAAAUUUGCCAGCUUAACAUAACUCAUGCAAUAACUCAUGUUUCCUAGUGACAUAUAUCAAUUAUCAUUACUACUAUAUUAAUAUAUUAACUAAUUAUACACCAGGUAUGCCAAUGAUACAACUGCAUGCAUUAAUAAACUAUUGACACUGCCAUCUAUCAGCAAAACGACAUAAUUUUUAUCACUUCGUAUAGUAACAGGAUUUGUGUAAUUAUUGCCGUUGACAUUCAUAUACCGUGGAUUAGAAACCAUGCAAACACAAAGGACUGCACAAUCAUUUAUAUAUUUUGACUGUUGUCUUAAUAUUGGUUUUGAAUUAAAUUGAGAUUAAUUGACAAUGAACAAAGAACCUACAAUAAUUGAAUCUACAAUAAUUCCCAAGUUAAUUUAAAUUUCAACAUGCAGCUGCGCUAAUUAAGCUAGCUAUACAAUAUAAAUACACGAGUAGGACGCGUUACAGCGCUAUAUCUUCAUUGACACCAUCCAGUAUCACAGCGAAGUUGGACCCCAAAAACAGAUGUAAGUAAAAGACUUUUAAUUUGCUAAACAUUUACGGCCAAGACCAAAGUAGAUAAUGUAUAGAAUAUUUACUUGUGACUUACUAGCCUAUAACUGAUAUAAAACAUCCAUUCUCGAGCUAUUUUCUCUGAAUUUCGUUUUUCCAAGUCCUGUAGUCCGCUGAUGCAGAGGUUUUUCAUCAGUUUUAUUUCAUUGUGCAAGACAUUUUGGAAGCUAACAAAGAAACUGUAGUAUAAAGUAGUACAAUUCAUGCUUUCCUUUUUUCAAUUUCUCGUUGUCUUAUACUUCGGUUUUUAAUGCUUCAAUGGUUGUAGCAGUUGAGCAUGAACGCUAACUUAAGAUGGCUUCACGGUUCAGGAUUUAUAAGUUACAGUACAUUAUGGCACACGGUAGGUCCUCAUUGGAGUAUAGUCCGGUCACGAAUAUAAAAUACUAAGUGAGUGCAGCAUGCAUUUCCUAUAUAUACAUGUAUACAUAGUAAUUUCGAAUCCAAAAAUACUAAUUUGUCUAACUUUACUAUUUUGUAUUUUGUUGUUAUAUUUGUGUACUUUCGCUGUUAUACAGACUUAAAUUUUAGCACCAAAUACAUCUUACUGUUAUUAUUAUUAUUAUUAUUAUUAUUAUUAUUAUUAUUAUUUAGUAUAGCACGAUUUUCAAUUUAGGAGAUGUCGUCCUCGCUGUAUUUUGGUGUUGCCUUGGUAGCUGUUGCUCUCAUGCAAGGAUGCUAUGGAGGUACAGUAUACAAAAUAAAAGACCACAAUACUCAAGGCCUUUUUAAAGAAUUCGUCCGUGGUUUCUCCAUCCCUAGGACUGCAUUUCUACAGUUAAGUACUUACAGAUAUAUAUGUUAUUUACCGGCUGCGAGGUCCGGAUGAGAAAAACUGUGCCCGAGGUCUUGAAAACGGCCUGAGCCCGAAGGGCGAGGGACGUUUUCAAGACCGAGGGCACAGUUUUUCUCAUCCGGACCGACGCUGCCGGUAAAUAACGUGUUUAUUUUUUAUCAGAUGUAAAAAUUAAAUUGAUUAAAAUUCCAGUGUUGCUUGCGAACUAAUUUGAGAUCAGUGCAGUUGUGUAUUUUCAAAGCGAGGCCACAGAUGAGGUAAAUAAUUACCUCAUCUGUGGCGAGGCUGACAAAAAUUGAAAAGUUAAAAGAUGUAAAACACGAAUACGAAAACUCGAGAAAACUGCCAAGAAACACACAAAAAGACGUAUAGUUUCAGCAAAAAUGUACAUGCUUUUUCAUGAAUAUCGUAGCAGAGAACUGAGAGAAGCUUUGGAAUAAAAUCUUUUAUGCCUGGCGUUUUGGCUUUGGCUUUGACAAGUUGCUCCUGACAACGACAGGUUCAUGUUCAGAUCCGAUCAAAAACAUAUAAAAAUAAAUCUGUUUUGAUUUAAUUAACGUUUUUCUACUGAAAGGACAAUGAAAAAGGUAUGUUAUUUUUAUAUUUUUGUAUUUUUUCUUGUCGUUUCACGAUAAUAUGCUUGAAAAAAGUGUUUUUAAACACAAACUUUUACUUUGUUUACAACAUUUAUAUCAGUGAAAAAUACAUGACACAAAUGGGUAGAGAAUAUAUCGUGAGUUGUUUUCACUGCUGCCGUUAAACCUUCUUUUAAAUGGGAAAACAUUUAUUUUACAAUAUCUGUUUAAGCUGUAUUUUUUUCGCUUUUAAGUGGCCGAAUACAUGAGCAUUUAAAACAUAUAUAGUUUUCUCGACGUAUAAAGUUUUAUACAUGUCAACUACUUUCCGACUUUCAGUCGCAUUUCUAUCAAAGUAUUGCCAAUUCUCGUGAACAUCGUGCUUAGUAUGAAGCCUUUAGGGCUUGAUGCAAUUCAUUUUUGUAUUCUGACUAUCGUUAGGCUAUGUUUUUCAAACGUUUUUGGCAGAUUUUUUCGUGUAAAAAUUGUUUCACUCCUCAGUUUUUGCCGCGAAAACCAGAGCGGGCAGUUGCAUUUCACAGCGGGCAGUUGCGUUUCAGAGCGGGCCGGAUGCAAAAAACCGGCCCGCUCUGAAAGGCUCCUCAGCCAAUCAGAUUGCUUCAUUUUCACUGAUAAAAAAUAAAUGUGUUUAUGUAAAUACCACAACUCGGUCACUAUCUCUUUAACUUAGCCUUCCAACAACUAAAAUCUAUAGGGUCUGAGAUACAGUAUGCUAUCCCUUGGAAAAUGGUUAAGGUAGUUAAAACACAAUAUUUAGCAUCAGUUUUAAAAUGACUGUUUUCAAUGUAUCAGUUUUAAAGCAUCAGUUUUAAAAGGACUGUUUUUUAAAUUUCAAUUAAUGUUUUCAAAUUGAAUCAUUAAAGAUAAAAGACAUGAAAUAAGAUUCACAAAGCAAAUUUCAGUUACUUGAAAAUUAAACCUCCUUCUUAAUUUCUUUUUUUUUCAAUGUUUUGCGAGAAAUUAUUAUUAAUUAUAUAUUUAAUUAAAAAAGGACCAUAGAAUACUUACAAUCCUGACAGAAUAUAUCUAGUAGCGUUUCAGUGGAGUUAACAAUUAAAAGCAGUAAUUUGAUAGAGUAAGACAGUAAAGGUCCUCUUAAUAAUUAUAAAUGUUGUUUACACUUUCACGGGUUUGAUCAAAUGGUCGCAUGAUAGCUGUUCACCUCCUUCAAAAACGUUAUCCUAAUUCAAAAUUAAUACUUGUUGAAAAAUAAAAACUAACGCCACCGGUAUUGUAAAACUUUUUAGGGUUUUUUUAUUGUUACGUAUUCUACAUAGCGCGUAUAGUAGUUGCAUGUCAAUUCUAGAUUCCCCUUAUUACGUUUUCGUAGCGCUUUGCAUUGUGGUUAUUGUGCGGGUAUCACUGAUAAAGAUAGCGGUCUCGAAUGAAAAUAUCAAGGUUUUCGCGAAUAUUUUGCUGUUGGCUGUCGCGCACCUGACUCUAGCUUUUUUUAAAAGUUCUUGCACGGGUCACGACAGAAAAUAAACCAUCUUGAAUAUCAGUGAUACCACUAUAACCACAAUGCAAAGCGCUACGAAAGCGUAAUAAGGGGAAUCGUCAAUUGAUGCGGACAUGAUUAAAAAUGUCAAUUUUUGAAAAACAUUGCACUAUUCUAUUUAGUAUAAAUUUUGCAUAUUUUGCAUUUCGCGUGUUCUGAUUGGCUAGUUGACUAGUAAAUCUGACGCAUUAUUUACUAGCAGACUAGUAGCAGAUUUACUAGCAGACUAUAGUAAAUAACGCUUUUCAAGAAGAAUGAUUCGGCAAAUUUGGUUUCAAAAUCGACAAAAUAUUGAAAAAAUCGUCCCCAGAAAACGAAAGAAGCACAAAAUGUUGUAUUUAACUUGAAAGGUAGGGUUCCUUUAUUAUUUUACUGUGUCAAACAUAUUCACGGGCAAUUUAAAACUUAUUUAAUUUAAAACUCCGGAACAUUCACUUCAAAAAAAUAGCAAAAAUUAACCGAUCCCGACUGUUGCGCCGGAAACUUGUAAAGUGGAAAGUGUUAUUAAAACUUUAUUUCGAACGAUAUAGUAUUACAUUUCAUUUUCCCAAAUUUCUCAGCCAUUUCCUGAAAAAAAUAAUCCUAAACAGGAACUAUUUUCUGGUGAAAAAGUCAUUCCGUUAUUGUGUUUAUAUUCUAAGCAGAAAUCGAGAAAAACAACUUUGUAAUAAAGCAAUAAAGUCACAAGAAGUCAGUUUACGUUUGAAAGCGUGUGCGUACAAGAAACACUACAACACUAUCAGUGACAGUAACCGAGAACCGGCCGAAAACAGUUUUGUUUCUGAAUUUCAAUUGAACUGAUAUGAUAUUCGAAUAUUUUGAUUCAUUCAUUAAAAGUUUAUACUAAAACAAUUAUUUACCUCAAGAUCAGUGAUUACGGUGAAUAUUUACUCUCCACUUCGUCUCGGUGAAUACCAGUAAUCACUUCGCCUUCGGCGAAUAAUUGUUAAAUAUUCUGUACGGUGACUUCCCUGCUGACGUGAUUACGGUGAAUAUUCACUCUCGACUUCGUCCCGAUGAAUACCAGUAAAAACUUCGCCUUCGACGAAUAAUUGUUAAAUAUUCUGUACGGUGACUUCUCUGCUGACAGAGGUCUCUAUUUGUACAGGAAAGCCAGGGAAAAGAGACCUCUGCAUAGAUCUGACACAUUUUCUGUCGCGCAUGUGCAAAAAUUGCCAUGGCAACGAGUGAUGUUCGCCAUGUGAUAUCAAACUGGUUUUUGCGGAAGCAACUUAGUACAUGAAAGACUUACCGUACCCAGUUUGAAGGCAAACAAAUGUAUCUCGGUCCGAUAAAACAUAAAAUAUUGCUUUCUUUUGUUCCUCUAUCACUGCUUUCAUAGUUUCGUCUUUGAAAAUAUAUAUAUUUUUACAUGAACUUAGAGCACUUUCAAACAACAUGAAAAACCUCGAAAUGACCACGCUGGGCAAGCCACCAUUUUGACACUACUAGCGCAAUGUCAUUACAGUUAAUUCAGCUCUGAGUAUGCGUGCUGUUUGUUUCCCUAAACCGGUAUGGAUUCAGAACUUGUUUUACAAACUGGUUUGACUCGUCCACCAUCAUGGAUUGAGAAGUGUCAGAUCUAGGCAGAGGUCUCUUCUCCUUCGCUUUCCGGCACAAAUAAAGACCUUUGUCAGCGGGGAAUACGGGGGCAUACAGCUAUUCAAUUAAGGUUGUCCCCCGAGAAAAGCGGAAAAGUCGAAUACGAGCGCGAAAGGCUGCUGGGAAUCGCUAAUAAAUUCAUUCAUUUAUUAGCGAUUCCCAGCAGCCUUUCGCGCUCGUAUUCGACUAUUCCGCUUUGCUCGGGGGACAACCUUAAUUGAAAUAGCUGUAUACGUGCACAAUUUGCACGCUCUAUUGUUCCGCAAAACUUCAUUUACCAACACUAAAGAAAUUCUGUCUUGCCAAAAAAUAUCUAAGAAAACGACAUUUUUGCGUUUUAAAUAUUUUACUUAUUGCACGAGAGUCUAAGCAAAAUGAAACACAAAAAACUUGACGGCCACUGUGCAUCUUUUCUAACUAUAGACGCAGACCUAGUGCAUUUCCUAUCCGUGUGUUACUACAGUAAUAAUUUAUGAGUUCUCGACCAAAAAUUUAAGAGAAGAAACAUUAAAAUAUAUAUGAACAUCUCGAUAUCGAUCUGCUGCACUGUUUCAAGCCACCUUAAUUGUAGCAAAUAGUAGAUUUCAUAGAAGUUUAAUUCUCGGAAGUUCUGAAGUAAUCAGAAGUGCAGAGAUACAUAAACUGAAACAGCGGGUUAAAUUUUAACUGAGGGUUAGUGGUAACCCGCCAUUGAAUAACUGGUCCCAGCAGUAUAAACUUUUUCACUUUUAUAGCAAAUAAAGUGGUGUGUUCUGCAACUGGUGAUCCUCACUACAGAACCUUUGAUGGGAAACGUUAUGACUUCCAAGGCAAAUGCCAAUAUGUUCUUGCUAAAGAUAUUGGAAAUACUUUCCUGAUCAUACAAGACAAUGUUGGCUGUGGUAACCAGGUGCCGUCAUGUACGUACUCUCUGAAUGUGGUGAUUAAUGGCGUACAUAUUCUUAUAACACAUGGGAUCAAAGUUUUAUACAAUGGAGUCCAAAGAUAUGAAGGAAGCUUUACACAGAAUGGUAAUUAGAUCAGUUAUUAUUUAAUAUAAAUGCUAAAGUGGAGAUGAUGACACUUAACUAAUUUCAAAACGUGAACGUAUGAGUACCUAUGUACAAAUGAAAUACAAAUACUUGUUGAAUGUAGCCGCGUUUGUCUGCUAUUUGUCAACAGCUGAUAAUACUGACAACUUUACAAAAUGAUAUAGAAUCGAAUUGGUCCGUUUAAUAGAGGUAUUUCAAUUAUUCUAAAUGAAAAUUAAAGUUUAUAGUUAACUUCAAGGAUUUUUCAAAAUGUAACUUAAAAGCUCUCUAACUAUAUAGUUAUUCAUAUAUUUGAUUGGGCAAUGUUUUAAUAGGUAGCUUUUUCAUGCUCCAUUGUCCAGUGCACAAUCGAGGGCAUUUAAACAAAGAUUCUCAUUAUUUCAAUCUAAAUUUAAGCCUUGGUUUCAAAGGCGGGACGGCUUGAAACCCACCCAUACCUUAGCGUCGUGGACUAUCAACCCCAGCAGCUUCUGCAUGCCCACUGUUCCACUACUAAAGGCCAUGUUACACGGUGAAAUUUUUCUUGCAAUUUGCAAUGCAAUUCUGCUCUUGAGAGAUGUCAAUUAGUGAACUCAGUGAAGAAUUUUCGAUAUGUUGAGAAAACAUCAGCGGAGUGUAAUGAAGACUCGUAUUUGGUAAUUUUACAUCUCUCAAGAGUAGAAUUGCAUUGCAAGUUGCAAGAAAAAUUGCACCGUGUAACAUGACCUUAAAGAAAAGAUGAGCUUGCUGUCCAAGUGGUGUGCGCCGCGCUCAGUUCAAAAAUUAUAAAUCUUUAGUUAAAAAUAUCAAGUCGCAAAAAGUUAAUGCAUGUUUUGCCAUAUUCAGUUAUUGAUUUGAAAUUUGUAAAACCUACUUCAUCUAAGACUCACUCACAAGCAAUGUUUGAAAUUUUCCCGGGCGAGUUUGCUCCAAGACUCUCUUCUUUCAGGUCAUGCAAGAAAAUCCACUAGCACUUUCCCCCCGUCACAUUGCAUUCUAAACCGACCCAAGAAUGCCUCAAGGGGUUUCGGUGGCUCAGUCAUCAGAGCAAGAGGUCUGAAUGGGGUUAACUGACUAUUGACAUUUGCCUGAAUUUUUGACUGACAACUGACAAAAUAUCCUAACUGACGACUGAGAAGUGAUAAAAAAAUGAUGAGUCAGCUUUUUUGCAGUAACUAACUACUGACAGCUUGCAAUAUAUCGCACUGACUACUGACAACUGGUUUAAAUUUUAGCUGACAACUGACACCCAAAGACCCCCAUUAAGACCCUCGAGCAAGCGCCUUUCACCUCGUGGGUUUGAUUUUCGCUACGCACUCGUAUGUGGACUCAUGUGAAAAAUGAAUAGUAUAAGCUUAGUAGGUAAUACAAGUAAGCGUAAUACUUGAUGUAAUCGGUCACUGAAAAGCCCCGAUGGGGAGUGAUCUGAAUAAUCAUAAUCAUAGUCAUAUAUAAUCGAACCCAUCGACUUGUUACACACUUACGGUCUGCAAAUGGCUGCGGCGUACAUUCUAGAUCAAUCAAAAGUUGAAAUUAUUUCAUAAGCCUCGUAAUCAGUAUUUUGUUCUUCAUUUUAGGUGUAACAAUUAAUGUGCAUAAGGAUAAGUCUGUGCAGAUAAUAGCCAAUUUUGGUUUGGAAAUCAUCUACCAUAGACAUCACAAUGUCUACGUUGCUCUCACAAAUUAUGCCUAUAUUGGACGAAUUCGAGGACUUUGUGGUAACUAUAACGGUAACCCUAAUGAUGAUUUUACCACAAGACAAAAUCAAUACACUGGCGAUCCAAUUGUAUUUGCUGAUUCAUGGAAAAUAAGCAACACCUGUCCCAAACCUCAGCCUCCUGGUCCAAGUCCAUGUGCACAUGAUGUCGAACUCAAGAACUUUGCGGAGGUAAAAAUACAAUCAGUGACAAGAAGCUUUUGGAUAGUGAUAUACGUACAAUAUAGAUAACUGCACAUUUCCAAAUACUGCUUAACAUACUGUAGUAACACCAUCUCUCCCUCUCCACCCUGGACAAUGCUGGAAGAAACAUGCAAGCAAGUAUAAAAAACAACAGCUGAUUCCUAGAAAUUAUUUAUCGUCGUCACAAUGUUAAGUUUUGAAAUCGCUCUCCCCAAAGUGCGAUUUGUGCUAAAAUCGCACAGCUAAGAGCAAAUCAGAUUGAACGAAACCACAUUGACUUAAGAAUUAAUAUAAUAAAAUAUAGCUAAUUUAUGUAUAAAAUAUACUUUGUUCAAGCAGCACAUUUAUCACAGGGAUCAAGAAAUAUCGUCAGAGAAAACUAAUUGUCAAUAUGAAACCAACAAAUAUAAAAUUGACGAGAAUUAAAAUUUGUUAAAAUCUUUCACAACUUAGGUUGUAAAAUAUUUAGUACCGUUUGUAGGUUUUUCGUAUACUGUUUGAUAGAAGCUCGAACGAACCAGCCAAGAUCACUUGAAAUAUUCAUUUGGCAGAAUUUGUAGAUAUUUUGCAAUUGAUCAUGCUAUGAAAAUUUUAAAUUAAUUAAAAAUUAUACCAACGUGUAGAAUGGUAUUAUCUUUAGGCAGCCUAUCUAAGUGUGCGUUUGUAAGCAUAGCAGGACCAGUUGCCAUGGGUUAGCUUCGCCUCUCAUAGCGUGUCUUAUUGAUAGUAUGAUUUGGUGAUUUUUAAAAGGCUGCUGGAUAGCAUUUACAGCCCAUUUUCCACUAUAACAAAUCUUGGCAAUGUUAUUGGUCAGCGAAAAAAUUUGCCACAAACUGUUGGAUCAGUUGCUACUUUCUUACUGUUCGCGCGAACAAAUUCGCCUAAUGGAAAAUGGGCUUAACUCACAAUCUUAGAGGUAAAGGGGCAUGCUUUGACGUUUACAUCAACUUUUCGCUUUCCGUUAAGGCUCACUGCAAAAAACUGCUGAAUGACCCAUUUACCAUGUGCCAUCACCUGCUACAUCCAACGAAAGCUGUCCAGAAUUGUCAAUAUGAUGUCUGUCGAUGUUUCCACCAACCAGAAGCCUGCUUAUGUGAAGAAUACGAUGCGUAUGCAGAUGAAUGUGCCAUGCUUGGCAUCCAUAUUCCUUGGAAGAGCAGACCUGAACACAAAGCCUGUAGUAAGUCUUCUAAAUUUCUAGAUUUUAAAUCGUCCUAUUAUUGUAUCCAUGUCUGUACACACAAAGUGAAGCAUCAUCCAUCAACACACAGGAUUUGACGAACAAAGCUGCACUAGGGAGAGAAUUUAGAUUUUGAAUCCCACGUAAUAAUACCAAAGCUAUACAGUGUUUAUAUAUGAAUUUUUGGUUAUCAUUGUUUUGGAAGGGCGUAGCCCGAGGGAUAUUUCAUCUCGCAGGGCUGUUUUCUGCAAAAUAUCCCAAGCAAAAGACAUACAUUGCAUUGGCCUUCAUUCUUAGCUAAUCCUUUCUUGAUAUUUGAAAGGGGUUUUCAACUUUGGCGACCCACGUGCGGAAUACGUGGACGUAAUUUUUGGUGUUCACCGCAUCGUUGAUGUCUUAGCUAGUAACGUCGACUUCGAGUUAGAUUUUUGACAUCGUGGUCAUGUCUGCACUAUAAAUAUUUCCUGCUGCACCCGCCAUAUUGGCUUCGAUGAAUUUAGGCAAUAGACUGGGUAUGAGCACGGUCGAGUUCCCUCGGUGGUAGACUGUGAGCGGCCCCUCCUUUCCAUGGGUUUAGCUUCCAUGACCAACGAAACAAGCGAUGUGUCACCCGCAACCCGUGAUACUUCACCCACGGAAAACACCUGUCUUGCACGUUGAGAUGGAAAUUGAAAAUAGUGCUUGGGAAAGUUGUAGUUUUGUUGACAAUAUCAAAUUCAUUGGGUUACUUACGUUCAAAAAGAAACGAAAUACGCCCACUUUUCGCUCUUGUGAAGGUGCCUCCCCUUUGCAUAAACAUCACUAAUAUCCAAUUAAGUCUAUUCAAUCGGAACCUUUAAUAUCAUGUCUAUUUAUAAAAUCAACAUUCAGUCUGGAAAUUAUUUAUAGCAUAAUUACUACAUAUCAGGCAUAUCGAUUUCGACCAAUGGGAAUUUUGCGUCGUGUGGGCAACGUGUAUUUCGUUUCUUGAUGUGUUGUCGGCAGUCCUUUCUCCCGAGGGACUGCUCGCGGUCUACUCUGUGGCGGUGGCAUUGUGUGCCGAAUACCAUGCUCCUGGGAAAAGAAUCUGAUCUGUGCACGAUUUGUUGAAAAAUGAAAUCAUUUGAAACAUGGCCUAUAACCUGUGAUUUUCCAUAAUAAACAUAUGAUUUUCGUUCGAAUAAUCUUAAUUAUACGAAUAAGCGAAACAUAAGUUAUCUUUUCUUUAAUAUAUCAAAUCCGACUUUGCCGGAUAUCCAAUCCAAGCAAUUAGUUCCGAGGGAACGCGAAGGAAUGAGCUAAUUACAAGGAUUGGAUAUCGAUGUCCGUUUAAUUAAGUCCGAAUGUCUGAGGUGAAUUAAUUGUGAUCCAGUCCAGUUAGGAAUGAACUACUGAUCCAUCAGGUAUCCGGUAUUACUAAUGCUUUAUCAAGUUUCCAGGCAUUAACAAUGAUGUUUGUGAUUGAAAUAUCAACGAAGUACGGAAACUAAAAUCUUCAAAAGAAUCCACUUUAUAAUUUAUAAAAGUUCUUUCGUUUAAUAAGGAAAUAAUCAUUUUCUUCAUGUGCCUUUAAUAAUAAGGAAAUUGAAUUUAAUAAUAAAUUUAUAUGUUGUUUCAUUAAUGAAUUAAGAUACAUAUUAUACAUACUUUCCAUUCCCGUUUAGACCAACCGUGUCUAUCAGCACCAUGUUAUAAUGGUGGUUUGUGUUCUGUAAACAUCAUCAAUGGUUACAGCUGCAGCUGUCCGGUCGGGUUUUUUGGAACGAACUGUGAAUUGAAAUCAUAUUAUUAAUGCCUGGUAAGUAUUCUUUUUAUUAUUCAUCCUUAUAGCCAUAACCAUGCAAACAGCAAAUUUUGGAGUGGAGCAUUGGUAACGAAUGCCCGCCGCAGUUUAGUUUAUGUGUCUCUUUGAAUAUACUGCUCUAUAUAAAUGGGACCUGGUAAUUGGGGUUCAUUGUUCUAUUGGCGUUAUAUGCAUGCACAAUUUUAACAUCUCUUGGACAUGUUAUUUCAGUGGAACUGUUAAUUAUGGUACUAAGGAUGUUCUUUGGAAAUACCAUGUACAUGUAUGCGGUGGUGGUUAUUGCAUGCAGAAGAGUGGUCGGGUUGUCUAGGGUCGCAAUUUACAUUUCGGCUUCAACAACACGACCAGAAUAGUAGUUUUUAAACUUACCAUUUCGUCUGAAUAUACCUUCUAUUUCUUUAUCUCUCCGAUAACCUGUACACGCUAACUGGGGAUCAACAAAAAACUGUUGACAUGAGAGUUUUAUAGGUCAUUCACUAACAACCCAUCUAUAGGAAAUAUGUUAUGUCUUGUUUUAUUAUACCCUAAAUAAAAGUUUUUGACAACAGAUCGAGGACCACUAUUGUUACUGUAAAUCCAACAUUGACAAGACAUUCCCAAGAGUGCGUAAUGUCCUGUUUUUCUUUAUGAUCCUCUUCUACUCUCUCCUCUGCAGAGGCUUACAUGAAGUUUCUAGUGAGGAAAAAGUGAGCACACAUUAAGGAGUGAUGGGAAGAGCGAAGUAAAGGAAUCCUCUGCUAGUUACUGCAAUCAAUAUCGCGUCGUAUGUAAUCGUUUGGAGUUCGGUUCGAUAUCAACUUCGAGGGUGUUAAAACAUGUUUUCGGCUUUCCUUUUCAGGCGUACUUCUCCUGGAGUGAGUCCAAUAUCAAUAUCUUCUUCCGACAAUUUGCACAUAAAACUUUUGCGAAAUAGCAAAUGAAUACAAAUGGAUAUGACCUAUCUAAUUAUAAAUAUGACUAUGUUCUAAAUUGCAGCAUUUCUUUAGAAAACUCUACUGACCUUCGAUAUUCAGAUUAUGAAGAUUUAUUUCAAUUUCUUCCAUAUUUCCGUAGAUUUCAAGUUUAAAAAAGUCAAACAACCAUACCUUUUACCAUACCUUUUAGCAUUAUCUGACAGAGCCUUCUCGACUUCAUUUCAAUCUUCCCAUCACUUCGCGCGCGCUCACGUUUAUUCUCGAAAUUUCAGGUAAGUAAUUUGAAAAUACGUAAGGAGGCUCUAAGGGGGAGAGAGCCUCCAGAGACGUCGCUACAGGAGGGGGUGUGGGUUGUAACACACCCCCAAUAAUUCAAAAUGGUAAAAUUUGGUCAAAAUGGAACUAAUAUUUGCUUAAAAUUGAAUGUCAAAGUUGGUAAAAUUUUUGGUCAAAGUUUGUGACAAAAGAUGGUCAAAGAUAUGAAAUUAUUCCCAAUUUUAACAAUUUCUAAGCUUUGGUCAUGUUUGCGCUGAAACAAUUGCAAGCCUUGCUUAUUUUGGUCGAAAAAUAUUUGAAGCUCUGCUUAUGUUAGUGCGGAAAAUGUUUUGACCCCCUCCCCGUCGACAACAUUUUCGGGAAGUAUUUCUACUACUUGGUCAAAUUUCUAGGAAAAGUUGAUCAAAACAUGACGACCCCCCCCCGCCAAUGUUGAUGUCUUAACGACGUCCCUGAGAGCCUCUUCUACGUAUGUUUGAAUUCAGCCAUGUCGGUAAAAAAAUUAGUACUUCAUUUGCUACUACUGACAUUUACGUUUAGAUUAAAUUAAAUAAAUUAACUAAUUUCAGUGAUAUAGAUAUCCCGGAAUGAAUAACACGUACUGGUUCCCUCCAACUGAGUUUGUUCCAACUUCUUUAAUUAAGUACAGUUAAUGUCGCAACUUUGUCAAACAUUGCUAAAAGUGAUUUAAAUAUCUUUAUUGUCUUCCACAUAUCUUCGGUUUACUCCUAUUCUAUAUACUGGGUCCUUUCGCACAAAUCCGCAUGACUUGAUCAAUCCCCAGAUAAAAAUUAGCAAAUAAGUAUUCGCUGCCAAGGUUAAAUUUGGCUCAGUUUACACCAUUGUUCGUUUUUAUAUUUGUUUAGAUGUCAACAGAUUAAAGGAUCUCAUUAUGAGAUUAUUACAAAAAAUAUUGUAUUAUUAAUUUUAGCUGGAAAUGAAAAUAAAGUGCUUUAAAAUUGCUGUAUAUUUGUGAAUGAAGAGUGCCUUUAACGGUGGGAGUUCUGGAUCAUGAUCCCCACCCAAAGUUUGGGUCAGUUCAUACCUAUAAAAGGCUAUAUGAACGGGCUUUGUGAUUAGUAUAUAUUGAUUACUAGAAAUACAGGCAUGCAGCAACCCCUCGCCUAUAUUUUCCAAGCAUUGAUAUAACAUGAAGUAAAUAGCCAAACUGAACGCAGGCUCACGUUACGUCAGUCUUGCCAUGAAAACACGUUAAUUUCAGCGCUCUCACAUUUAACGAGAUUUUCUUAAAACAAGGAAAUUUGCAAGCUUUAAAGGACAAAUCCAAGGAACCCCACUUUUUAAGGAAUUUCUUACAAUUUCAGUCCAACUGGAUAAAACAGAUUAUAUAUAUAUAUAUCAAUUAUUUGAAUUCUAACAAUAAAUAUUAAUGCCCAGCAAAGUGCUUUUAAAAGAGCCAUAAACCAUUAAAUUUAAAAAUUUUAUUAAAGAUUAAGUAACGUUUCGUCUUAACUCAAGACAUCUUCAGACUAUAUUAAAUUACAAGCUGUAAGAGUAAUUAAGCAUAAAGUAAAGCUAUUAUAGCAAUAUUAAAUUACAAGCGAAUACGAGGUACACAAAACGUAAGGAUAAGAAUGGAUAAUGAAGGGAAGUGACGAACAAAAAUGAGAACAACCAAAUUAGACAACACAAACAGACAAAACAUGAGAGAAGGUUUCAUUUUAGAGAUAAAAAAGCUUUCAUGAAUAAGGAGUUCUUGUUCAUCUGAACAAGAGGAGAGGAUUUCGAAGUCGUCAAUAGAAGCAGCGUGGCCUGUGGAUGUGAGAUGUGAGAAAAUGCUGGACUGGGAGGAUUUUUACAUUGUUUGCCAGUGAUAGGAGUGAUACCCAGAUGUUCCGAAACUCGGGUGUGUAGAUGGCGCGUGGUUUGACCCACAUACGAUGCGGAACAGCAUCGACACGUAAAAGAGUACACUAAACCCGACUUCAGUGCUUUGGGUAUUUUGUCCUUAAAAGAGAAAAAGGUUGAGAGCCGUUUAGUUGAUCGAAAGACAAAUCUUAUAUCAAGAUGUGGGAAAGCAGCACGACAAAGACGGUUGAUUUGCGUGCGAAUUUGCAAGGAGUGAGUGCCCGUAAAAGGAAGACAGAAAUAAAUUAUUUUCUUAGGAACAGUAUGAACAGGUAGCUUAGGUUGAAAUACUUUGUUAAGAAAAGUUCUAACACAUCGGUCGAACAUAUGAGAAGGGAAACCAUUUAAGAUAAACAUUCUACGCGCUGCUUCAAGUUGGUGAUGGAAAGUCUCAUAGCUAGAACAAAUGCUAAAGAUGCGGUGUAUUAAGCAAGAUAUUAUGCUGCGUUUGUAUGUAAGUGGAAUGAAGCUAUGGAAGUUAGUAAAAAGACCAGUAAACGUAGGUUUACGGUAAACAGAAGUAGAAAAUUUUCCAUUGGAGCGGGAUAUGUCAAUGUCAAGAAACGGGAGCUUACCAUCACGUUCAACCUCACUAGUGAAGCGAAUGUUGGUGUGCUGGCGAUUAAGAUAUGUGAGAAAGAGCUGUACAUGCUCUGAGCAACGGAAAAGUAGGAAACAAUCGUCAACAUAUCGUCUAUAGAGAAGUAGUUUGAAAGACGAAGGACAGUUGUGAAGCCAAUCCUUUUCGUGAAAGGACAUAAAUAUGUUAGCAAACAAAGGUCCUAAAGGACUACCCAUAGCUACGCCGUCAACUUGAUGAUAUAAACGACCAUUGAACACGAAAUGACAAUUUUUGACAGAAAGACUUAAGAGUUUAGUAAAAUCAGAACGAGUGAGGCCAUGAAAUCUACAACAGUUAGAAAACAAACGAUUAGUAAUUAUCUCAAUCGUUUCAUCAACAGGGAUGUUAGGAAAGAGUGAAGUAACAUCAAAACUAGCCAUUAUAACAUUACUCGUAUCAAGAUCAGAAGAAAGAAGUUCCUGGACGAAAGAGAAGGAAUCCUUAAUGACAUAAGUGCUGGUCGAGAUGGGAGUGAGAAGAGGAAUAAAUAAUUUAGCAAUAUUAUACGAAUAAUGAUUAAUGCAAGAAAGGAUAGGCCUAAGUGGGAUAUUACAUUUAUGUGUUUUAGGUAGUCCAUACAGGAUGCCUAAGCGUGAACCUGUAGGAUACAGUUCAUUGUAAGUUUUUUGAUCAAUUGAUUCAGACGCUUUCAGAUUUUUCAGCAGAGUCUUGACAAGAUUUUCGCGCUGUAGUGUUGCUUUGACAGGAUCUUCAUUCAAGAGUUCAAAUUUCGUGUUAUCAGACAGGAUUUCCUCCACUUUUUGUUGUAAUCAUCUUUGUUUAGAAUAACAACGCCGUUACCUUUAUCAGGUCUCAUUAUCACGAUGUUACUGUCUUUUCGUAAGUCAUUUAGCAUGUUGAUCUCUUCUUUCGAGUAUAAGAAAUUCGGCCGACUAUAGCUCCGAAAACCAGAAUGAGCUAUGUCUUUUAUUCGGGUCUUAAUAAAUGCCGCGUAAAAUCCAGAAUGUUCAUAAACCGGUUCUCGUUUAAGUUGAGAGAACAGUCUUUCAAAUGGCGCAAAGAAACCGCACGGAUUAAGCUUGGCAGGCGGAAUGGCAAAGUUCAAACCUUUCGAAAGAAUCUCCUUCUCUUUCACUGUGAUGAGUCGGUUUGAGAAAUUGAACACCACUGCAUUCGGAUCUAUUGUGUUUGAGUGUUUUUGCUCAGCGUUUAGGCGAAAUAACUUUCGAUCUUGAACACGUUGAUGCUGGUUCAAUUUCUUUGAAUUUUCACGAUCGGAAAUGUUCUUUAGGUGAAUAAAAUCAAGCGUAGAAACAAGUGAAGCCAGGUUCGCGUGUGUUGUUGUUACUUGCGCUGAUAAUAUUCGUAUUCUUGCGUGUUUGGCGUUGAUUUCAUCUUGUAACAGUUUGUUUUGACAUUGUCU